AUGUAUCUUCCAUACAUAUACAAUUUCGGAUUCAAACCAUUUUCAUGUUCGUGUAUGGCACUUGGGCCAAUAGAAGACGAAUUUCAGAAGACACACGCCGUUUUCAUCGGUCGGAUUCUUCAUAAAACACGACCAGAGCCACUCAAACCUGUCGAGUAUAAAAUGAGAGUGGAAGAAGCAUUCAAACAUUAUAGGGCGUUUCAAAAGCGUUUACUAAAAGAUUGUAAACCACGAUGGGAGAACUACAAUAGAGUAUGGAGAGAGUUUCUUGACACCUUUUUUAUAAAUCGGAAUAUUGAUGGUUACUACUGGGACGUUCGACCAGCGCUAGCAUAUGCUCUUGAGCCACUCAAAGAACUCGCUGAAGUAGAAAAUUGGGGACCUAAUGAUAUGAUUCUCGUCAGCUAUUUCGUACACACUUUCUAUGAAUUACGAAAAGCCCAAAGGAAGAAUCCUGAUAUACGUUAUAUCGUAGAAUAUGAAGAUUGGAUCUACUUUAACACAGGCCUCAUUACUGAAACCAUGGAACGUAUCUAUGCCGCUUUCCAGAAGAACUAUAAACUGGCAAGCAGAGGAACGGAGGAGAAGCCUCAAUAUUUUUUGUCUUACAAUCCAAACAAUUUCAUGCGAGACAUUCAUAUGUCAGAUUAUUGCUAUCCUUUACCGGAUCGAUGUAGUUAUUUUGACGAUUAUACUCAAUUGAUUAUGGAUGGCACCAAAGAACCAAUUGUUCAUUGGACACAUAUUAUUGAUGAGAACUGGGAGCGGAUCUGUGAGAUAAUUUAUGGUAAAGAUAAAUGCAAUGAUGAAGAAUUUAAAAGACGUCAACAAUACGAUGCUCAAACUCGAUUAGAAGGUGCAUUAAAGCUAGCUAGGAACCGCGUCCUUACCAACUAUCGUACUGCUGUUCCACAGUCAUAUAAAGGUGAGCUUCAAUUGCUUUUGCCGCUAUGUCUUAAAAAAGCAAGCAAACCAGAUCUCGUUUUAACCCUCACCCGACAAGAUAGUAACCCGCCCAUACCAGGUGUAUUUACCUAUAUAGCAAGAACUAUUCUUACACUCAGCAUGGCUUACCAGAACGCACGAUUGGUCGCUCGUCCAGAAAAGGACUGGUUAAUAGCUGAAGACGUAACCACAACCAUGGAUGAUGAAAUGGAUGAAUACGAAUGA